AUGGGCGACUGGAGCUUCCUGGGGAGACUCCUAGAGAACGCCCAGGAGCACUCCACUGUCAUCGGCAAGGUCUGGCUGACGGUGCUGUUCAUCUUCAGGAUCCUGGUGCUGGGGGCCGCUGCCGAGGAGGUGUGGGGGGAUGAGCAGUCGGACUUCACCUGCAACACGCAGCAGCCCGGCUGCGAGAACGUGUGCUACGACCGCGCCUUCCCCAUCUCGCAUGUGCGAUUCUGGGUGCUGCAGAUCAUUUUCGUGUCCACGCCCACGCUCAUCUACCUGGGCCACGUGCUGCACCUGGUGCGCAUGGAGGAGAAGCGGAAGGAGCGUGAGGAGGAGCCGCCGAAGGCCGCCGGCCCAGCCGAGGAGCACCAGGACCCGGCCCCGGUGCGAGACGACCGCGGCAAGGUGCGCAUCGCCGGCGCCCUGCUCCGCACCUACGUCUUCAACAUCAUCUUCAAGACGCUUUUCGAGGUGGGCUUCAUCGCCGGGCAGUACUUCCUGUACGGCUUCCAGCUGAAGCCGCUAUACCGCUGCGACCGCUGGCCCUGCCCCAACACGGUGGACUGCUUCAUCUCACGGCCCACGGAGAAGACCAUCUUCAUCCUCUUCAUGCUGGCCGUGGCCUGCAUGUCCCUGCUCCUCAACGUGCUGGAGAUCUACCACCUGGGCUGGAAGAAGCUGAAACAGGGGAUGACCAGCCCCUUCCGCCCGGACACCCCUGGUUCGAGGGCAGGGUCCGCAAAGCCGAUGGCGGGGAGCCCCCUCCUCCUGCCCCCCAACUCCGCCCCACCCGCCGUCACCAUCGGGUUCCCGCCCUACUACGCGCCCUCUGCCUCCUCCCUGGGGCAGGCGUCUGCCCCGGGCUACCCCGAGCCGCCCCCGCCCGCGGCCCUGCCUGGGACCCCCGGGACCCCCGGCACCCCUGGCACCCUCGGCGGCGGCGGCAACCAGGGCCUGCGCGCCCCGGCUCAGAACUGGGCCAACCGUGAGGCCGAGCCGCAGACUUCGGCCAGGAAGGCCUCCCCGCCCGCGUCGACGCCGCCUGCAGCCCCCGCGGGUGGCCCCCAGCAGUCCCUUCCGGAGGGCGCGGCGGGGAGCUCAGGCGACAGCGACGGGGAGGGGGCGGUGACGGCCGUGGAGCUGCACGCGCCCCCUGAGCCCCCCGCAGACCCCGGCCGGUCCAGCAAGGCCAGUAAGUCCAGCGGCGGCCGGGCCAGGGCCGGCGACUUGGCCAUCUAG